ACGCCUCUUCUUUUAAUACGCCGUCCGCGAGAGACGGCCGCUGAGCGAAAGGGCCUUCGCCUUCGCCCUCUCCACUUCCACCAGGCUCUUCCCGCAGCAUUUCCUCACGAGACCUGUGCAAGGACCGAUGGCUCAGGUACUGGCGCCAAUCGUUCAAACAUCUGGCUCCAUCACGAUGCUGCACACUCCCGCCGAUGCCUUCCAGAACAACAACUCCUCCCAACCCCAUCACCAACAGUCCCGGUCAGCCCAGAUGCCGCGGAGCCACCUCUACAACACACAAACUGGAGGCAUCGGGUACCGGGGGGCUUCCUCUGCUCCCAUAGCAGCCUACGCGUUCCAGAGCACGCCGCCUCUGCGUCAGGAAGCGAGUCGGGCUUCGUCGGCCCCGGGCAACAUCUACGGCCAGCCUAAUUUCCAGACUCCCAACACCUCCAAGCUCGGCCAUCCUUCACACCCGUCGUCGUCCUCCGACUCAACUGUCUCCACUUCGUCGUCGAACCGCUCUGUGCCUGGGCAGCCGUACGCGUCGAAAGACGACACGGCCCUGUCCAAUCAGAGGACAAUGCCAGGAAGGGCCAAUGAUGACACAGUUCGAAGGUCGAUGAUGGACACGCAUUCUGCUUCGGCCAUCAGCAUUUCCACGUCUGUGCCGGACUUGUCCUUUUCAUCGUCUUUCGAUACACCGGUGAAGCCGUUGGCUGAUCGCUAUCGCCGUGGAGGAGCUCGCCGGGCGGACUCGAGCAACAGCACCGUUGCCAGCAGCUCGACGCCGACCCAGGCUCCGCAACUACCAAACCCAUGGAUAGUGCCGCCUGGCUCAAGACUCGCCAACGUGCCGCCUUUCACGACCGCCAACCCCAAUGCACUGAAUCGCCCUUCCCACAAUCGGGCCAAUAGUGCUGACGACAUGCAAAUUGGCCGUGAGAGCUCUUCCGAUGCAGCCAAGCGUUAUAGGAGGCGAAGUCUAGGUGGAUUCGAGGCCAAUGCUCUGGCGUAUAAGGCUUCGGCGACCGGAUCCAGUCAGAGACCGACAACAGGUGCCGUUUCCCCUAAACGACCAAUAGCUCAAGAAGCAAAACCCCAGAUGGUGGCCAGCCGUCCUGGAUCUAGCCAUGAGCGCCAUGGUAGCAGUGGUAGUGUUGCUUCCAACAGCACUCCCACGCGUCCGGCAUCCUCUAGGAGAGACUCUGCUACCUCCCGUGGGUCUAACAAUGGCUCCUCUACAGCGUCUAACACCCGACCCCACACAGCGAAUCCUUCGUCGCGCGGUCCGACCGAGACAAAACGUGUCGCUACUCCAUCUCCACUUUCUAAACCAAUUUCUGCUGCCGACAGUGACGUCCCCAGUCCAUCGAAAGCUACUGCAUCAAGCUCUACACCAAGUGCAGCUGUUCAACAGUUGACCGCCUUGAAUGAUAAGGAGACAAACAAAGGCAUGAAAUCCCGGCUACGGCGAGCUUUCUCGUUUGGAAGCGCUGCAGAGCUCCGGAAGGCGUCUGCCGAGAACAACUUGUCGGCGGAGCGUGCAAGACUGCGAAAGGAGAGAUACCAGGAUGACAUGGAGGCAGAGCAUGAUGCUAUCGCCGCCAAGCAAGAAGCAGCCGGUAUUGGUGCAGGAAUCUACUCUGGACAGGGCGGGUUUUCUGGUUCCACCGAUAACUUGUCGAUCUCGUCGACCGCCUCUUCUGCCUCUAUAAUGCUCCGGAAGAUGGGCAGCAACAUGAAACGGGGAAGUCGCUCGAUCAAGGGUCUAUUCCGUCCCAAGUCGGUUAUUGGAGUGCCAGCAGCGGACCACGCUGUCACGCAGCCAAGCGUUGGACAAGUCUCGAUGGUGACAGUCGAAGCUGAGAGGGAGAAGGUCAAUGUUAACGUCAAUCCUCAUGACCAAGCUGGUGGAGGCACUGGUUAUCCGAAGUUGGAAAGAAACUCAUUGGAUGCUGCUCGUGCAGCGAUUCCUGACGCUCCGGGUUCGUCUAGCGGAAACGGCGCUAGUACCGAUGCCUGGUCUAGGAAGAGCAUUCUUGGUGGUGAGAGGGAACGCGCAGAAGUGCUUUCUUCCAUGAAGAAGAGCAAGGGCAUCCUUAAGCGAACUGGCUCACCAACUCAGUCACCCGUUGUUCGACCAGUGGACGUUGCUCUACCAACAGAUACACCAAAGUCGAGUGCACCUAGUACACCGAACGACGACCCGGCUCGCUCAGUUCAUGUACACAUCAAUGGCGAGGAUUACUUCGCCGGCGGACCUCGUCUGCCCAACCCAAGCACAAGAAGCCUACCCAACACGCCACACGGCAACCGAAAUAUUUCCUUUAAUACUCGUGUACAAUUUCACGACGCGUGGUCUAGUUCAGAAUACGACCGACGAGGAGACAUCGCCACUUGCAAUCGUCUGACUCCUAUUCUCGCACAACAAAUCAAGGAGGAGCUCAACACUUUCAAAAUGGAGAUGGAAGUUCACGAACAAUCCAAACCUCACACGCAUUUCUUUUAACGAUCACGCAUUCCACCUUGAACUUCUGGCGUCUUGGCGAAAGAACUCUCUACCUCUCUCUUCACUUUGGGUUGAAGCAAGCAGCAUUUACGAGUUCAACCUUACCUUUGUUCCAUUUCUGGUUACGAUGGGUUGCUUUCUCACUUUUAGGAUCUGCGAGCGGAAAGGAAGUUUCUUUUCUAUCUUCCAUAGCGAGUGUAACAGCGUA